AUGUCAUUAGCAAGAGAAAAAUAUCUUAAAAGAAAAAGGGAAUUAUUAGAAAACAUAAAUUUAAUUGAUAUUGGAGAAAAAAAGGAAGCAAACUUAGAAAAAAAGAGAGAGAUAAAAAAUCAAGAUAAUGAAAAUAAAAAUGAUAAAACAAAUAAAUCUAUGUCACAAAAUGUUGAAAAAAAAAAAAGUGAUCAUAAAAAAGAGAAUGAACUAAAGGAUUUAAAAAGUACCAGUCAUAAUUAUAAACCAUUAAUAUAUACAAAUGAAGAUAAUAAUGAUAUUAAAAAUCCAAAUAAACUAAUUAAGAAUAAUAUAAAUGAUAAAAUUUUUAAUAAUAAAGAAAAUACUUUAAAUAGAAAAAAUAUUGAUAAUUUAUUAGAUAAUGACGGAAACAAUAAUUUAAUGAAAGAUACUAAUAUUAAUAAAAAUAUAAAUAGUUUUUCACCUAUAAAUUAUUAUAUUCAUAACAAAGAAUCAGGAGUGAAUAAUGAUAACGAUAAAAAGAAAAUAGUUAUGAAUAAUAUAUAUGAAUUAAUAAAUGAUUUAAACAAUAUAGAUAUAAAUAAUAGUUUAAUAUUAUUAAUAUAUGUGUGUAAAUUAUUAUUACAUAUGUGUGCAAAAUCAAAAGAAAAUCAAUCUGUUAUGAACACGUCAUUAACAUCGGUAGAAAUGUUAAGAGAAAUAAAAAAUAGAAAUCGCAAAAAUAUAAAAUUAUUAAAAAUAAAUAUUAUAAAUAGCGUAUUAAUAUAUUUAUCAAAUAAAAGUGAAGAGAUAUACGAAAAUAAUUCAAAAUUUAUAGGUACAAAUAACGAAAAUUUUAAUGAUAUAUAUGAAAAACAUAAAGAAAUUAAAAUAGAAGAAAAAUGUAUAGAUAUAGAAAAUAUUGGUAUAAAUAUAAUAAUAAAAGUUAUAUAUAUAAAAAAUAUUAAAAAUUUAUUAUUUAAAUAUUUGUAUCACUUAAAUAAUACUUGCAAAAAUGCAAAUGAUGCAAAAGCAUUAAAUAACAAUAAUAUGAUUAAUUUAAGUAAUAUAAAAAAUAAUGACAAAGUAAAAAAUGAAGAAAAAAAAAUAGUAACACCACCUUUAAAUGAAAAUAAGGAUAUACCUAUAGAUAGUAGUGGUAAUAAUUACAAUUCUUUACUACAAGAAAAUGAGAAAAAAAAAAAAAAAAUAAAAAAUAAAGGAACAAAAGGUAAUAAUGAAAGUUAUAUAGGAGAAUAUAAUAUGAAAAACAAAGAAGAUAACAAGAAUAAUAAGAUCAAUUAUUUAGAAAAUUUGAUAAAUGAGCCGACAGCAAAGGAAAAAAAAAUUAAACAAGAAAAAACAAAUAUACUUUCAAUAAUUGAGGCACCAACUGUAAUAGAAGAAAUGAGAAUAAAAAAAUUUCAAAAGAAGGAUGAUUCUGUAAAAAUUAUAUGUCCUUAUUUAACAAAAAAAAUUUGUCAAAAGCAUAGUAAAGAUUGCAAUAAGGUACACUUUAAAAAAAUUAUAUCUGAGCAUACUGAUCCAUCAUUAGGGGAUUGUUCUUAUUUAGAUACCUGUAGACAUAUAGAAACUUGUAAAUUUGUUCACUAUGCAGUAGAUAAAGAUGAUCAAAUAGUUAAUAAUCAGCAAAAUAUAAAUGAAGAAAAAUUAUCUAUUUGUAAUAUAAAUGAUAAUACAUAUGGCCCUCAAUGGAUUAGAUGUGAUUUAAGAAAUUUUGAUUUGAGUAUUUUUAAUCAAUAUGUUAGUGUAGUAAUGGCUGAUCCACCUUGGGAUAUUCAUAUGGAUUUACCUUAUGGUACUAUGACAGAUAAUGAAAUGAAACAUUUACCUGUACAGUUAAUACAAGAUGAAGGAAUGAUCUUUUUAUGGGUAACUGGAAGAGCAAUGGAAUUAGCAAGAGAAUGCUUGCAAAUAUGGGGAUACAAAAGAGUAGAAGAAAUAUUAUGGGUAAAAACAAACCAUUUACAAAGAAUUAUAAGAACAGGUAGAACUGGUCAUUGGUUAAAUCAUUCAAAAGAACAUUGUUUAGUAGGUAUAAAAGGUAACCCAGUUAUUAAUAGAAAUAUUGAUUGUAAUGUUAUUGUGUCAGAAGUUAGAGAGACUUCAAGAAAACCUGAUGAAAUUUAUUCAAUUAUAGAAAGAUUAUGUCCACAAAACUUAAAAAUUGAACUUUUUGGAAGACCACAUAAUUGUAGAAAUAACUGGAUCACUUUAGGAAAUCAAUUAAAUGGUGUCGUUUUACAUCAUCCCCAAAUAAAGGAAAGAUAUAACAAAGUAGCAUCUCUAUUUAACUUGCCUUUAUGUGAAAACUGA